AUGAGCACCAUCGUCGUACGCCUCAGGUGCGAAGUAGGAAUCUAUCGCAUCGAAAUUAACCGUGACCAAAGGCUGACCGAUUUGAAAAGCAAAAUUGAGGAACUGCUAAAUGUGCCGGUGGAGGAGCAGCUGCUUUUUUUGCAAGAAGAACCCAACGUCCCGUUGACAGACAAUGGGGCGCUGCUCGAACAGUGUAACAUUACGCAUGGGUGUGUACUUCUUUUGAAGGGCGAGGUGAAGAAGCCGAGCGCGAGUGGUGGGAAGCGGUUGGAUGGUGAUGGAUCUACAGGGGGGAGUGCCAAGUGGAAGAGCGAUAAGGGGGGUACCCCCAAUGAGUGUAAUGCAGGGGGUGCGAAGAAGGUAAAGGGGUUCGAGCAGACGAACGCGGGGGGGGGUAGCGGCCUAGAUGGGCUUGGCCAGCCUCCCCGAGAGGACCGGCUAACCCCCCAAAAGGGAAAAAAAGAGGAGGAGGGAAAAACCAACAAGGGAAAGGAGCAGAUCACCCAGGGGACGGGCGAAAACCAGGCGAACUUCAAAUCGUUUGACCACUUCCUAAAAAUGAGGGAAUACAACACGACGGACCUCCCACUCAACCUGACCUACCAAUCUGUUUUUCUAACGAAGGGCAGGUUCAUUAAGAUCCCCUUGAGCGUGACCCUAAAGCACCAGGAGUAUCGCCAUGUGGACCACCUCGAACUUAUGAAUGUAGAGGAGGUGAAAAACUUCGUGCAGUAUUGGUACACCAAUGGGAGCAUGUGCGAGCAGAGAGUUGGUUGGAUGUAUGGCUACUACAGGGAAGACCCUCAUUACACUCUGGGCAUUCGAGCGGUAUGCGAAUGUAUUUACGAACCCCCACAGAUAAAUGAGGUAGAUAAGGUUAAGCUGCUCCCCGAUGACUUUCUCCCCUCUGUAGAUGUGAUUGCCAACCGAUUAGGUUUAGAACGAAUCGGUUGGAUCUUUACACAUCUGCCAAGGAAGGAACACCUAACAUCGGAGGAAGUGGUGCAGAUAGCCAAUUUGCAGCUAGCCAAUUUGAAGAAAAACAUGCACUAUACAAAUUAUAGCGUUUCUAAUUUUAUCACCUGCACAAUAUCUCCAGAUCCUAUGUUAAGUAACGAACCAGUGACCAAUGCAUUCAUGGUGUCGGAUAUGGGGAUGGCAUUAAUUAGAUCCUCCCUGGUGGACUCGACGCAAACGGAUCCUUCCCAUAUACAGCUGAGGAACCCCGUGCGCAACGAGCUUCUUCCUCUCAUCCUAGAAGGAGGAAAAGAAACCAAUAAAUUUGAUACGGACUGGUUUAUUGUUCGAAUUAAUGAAUCUGCUCCUAAGGUGGUUAGGUCCCUUUUUAAAAACUUCCACUUCCCUAGGGAAAAUCGGCUGCACUCGCCCACUGCCUACGACGUGAAGGAGUACUUCGCCAGCCCCAAGCUGGAGAGGGGCACCAACGGCAUGCACAGGUGCUCCGACUUCCACUUGAUUUUGUUCGUCUGCCGCGUGCUCGACAUGGAGACUGCGCUCGCGCUCUGCGACGCCGCGCUCAGCAAGAAGGAGAUCGACCCCAUCAUGGAGGAGAUACUCACCUCGGUGAAGGUGUAGCGGGGGAGAAGCGGCCAAGCGGUGAAGCGGCGAAGCGGCGCGGUCAGCGUCGUGGUUAACCGGGUAUGAUACAUGUGUGCGUAUAUAUGUGUGCGUAUAUAUGUGUGCGUAUAUAUGUGUACGUAUAUAUGUGUGCGUAUACAUGUGUACGUA